AAAUUCGUUUAUUUACACGAAUAUUGACUACUCUCCAACUUAUUUGUCUGUAAAUCACAUUAUUUAUGUUUUACAUUUGCGAUUAUAUUAUUUUUGUGCAUUACAUUACAUUGAGUGCCAAUUAUAGAUUAUAAGUGGUCCACUGAGUGCGUCCAAAAUGUAUUAUUUUUUUAUAUUACUUGUUCUGUCCUUAGUGAGUAUUUCGUCAUGUGAUCCAGAUAAAACCGGUUCUUGCCCCCCAAGCCUGCCAGUGGACAUUUGUGACGAAACAUGUUUAAGUGAAAUUCCGUGCUCCAAACCGAAACAGUUGUGCUGUCCCACAGCUUGCGGGGGAGCCAUAUGUGUCGAUGCUAUGACGCACAGGAAUAAGGUAGAUGAAGUGAAACCAGGUCUUUGUCCAGAGAAACCUCGUGGUCCUUGGAUCUGCACAAAUAUGUGCACCAGUGACUCAGACUGCAGACGUGUCCUCAAGUGCUGUCCCAACCGAUGUGGAGCAUUCGCCUGUCAGAAACCUGAUGCACCACCAUCAGAUGGAGGAAGUAUUUGAGAAAAAUUGUGAGAGGAUAAGGAUAAGGACUAGUGGGAGUUUUAACUGUGGUUUAUCAAAACGGUAAUUACUAAUUUAAAAGCUUUUAUAUAACUAAAAUUUUCGUAAUUUUUAUGGGAUAUAGAGCAGAUGGAUUACCUGACUAAAAAAAGUUUUAUUAUGAUACAUUCAUAGGUGAUUUUUCUCAAUAAAUCUAAUGAUA